AUGGGGAAGAGGGCGGCGAUUUUGAUUCUAUUUGUGGUUGCAACAAUGUCAGUGGAAACGAGACUACCGUGGUCGGCGUUGAACGUGAACGCUCAAGUGUCGGAAACAAUAGGGGUCGCUAAAGCAAAAGCCGAUGCAUGGUCUUCUUGGGCUAAAAGAAUGCUCUACGAGGGAUAUAAGUCGGGCGAGGAAGCAUCUCAAGGAAUGGCCAACACGGCUAAAACUUCGGCAUCCAAAUCUGCAGAGGCAGUCACCACCGUGGCAUCUGGUGCGUCAGAGAAGGCAGGGAACAUAGCGAGUCAAGCAAAAGAUGGGGCAUCAAAUAUCGCGACAAAUGUGAAAGUGAAAGUAGAAGAAAAGGCUUCUGAAACAUACAGAACCGUGUCUGAGAAAGCGAGUGAAGCGGCGACUGUGGGAGCUGAGAAAGCCAAAACCGUUAUGAAAGAAGGUGUCAAUAAGGCUUCGGACACUUAUAAUUAUGCAUCAGAAAAGGCUUCAGAACAUGCAUCAAAUGCAUAUAGUCAAGGCAAGAAUUAUGCAUCUGAUAAAGGGGAGGAAGUGAAGGAUAAAGCCAAUGAUGGACUUAAUGUUGCGAAAGAAGUUGCUGCCGAAAAAUAUGAAGUUGGUAAGGAAAGAGCAUCGGAAAACUUAGAUUCUGCGAAGAAGAAAGCGUCGGAAAACUUAGAUUCUGCGAAGAUGAAAGCAGCAGAGGGGGCUGAAAAUGCUGGCAAAAAGAUGCGGGAUGGCAUUGCUGAGCUUUAA